ACCUAUAAAUGCCUUGAGUGUGGGAAAAGUUUUAUGGAACAUUCAUCCCUCACUAAACACAGGAGAAUCCACACAGGAGAAAGACCCUAUAAAUGCCUGGAGUGUGGGAAAAGCUUUCUGGAACAUUCAUCCCUUACUAAACAUGAGAGAAUUCAUACAGGAGAAAGACCUUAUAAAUGUUUUGAGUGUGGGAAAGAUUUCAUUCAUCGCUCACACCUUAUUAAGCAUCAGAAAAUCCACAAAGAUGAUAACCUCUAUAAAUGCCUCGACUGUGGGAAAAGUUUCAUUGACAGAACAGGACUUACUAGACAUCAGGCAAUCCACACAGGAGAGAAACCCCACAAGUGCUUGGACUGCGGGAAAAGCUUCAUUCAGAAAUCACGCCUUAUUACACACCACCGAGCACACACAGGAGAGAGACCUUUUAAAUGUUUUGAGUGUGGGAAAAAUUUCAGUCAUCACUCAUCCCUUAUUAAGCACCAGAGAAUCCACACAGGUGACAAACCGUUUAAAUGCCUCGACUGUGGGAAAAGUUUCAUUGACAGAACAGGACUUACUAGACAUCAAGCAACCCACACAGGAGAGAAACCCCACAAGUGCUUGGACUGUGGGAAAAGCUUCAUUGACAAGUCACAGCUUAUUCUACAUCAGAGAGUGCACACAGGAGAGAGACCUUAUAAAUGCCUUGAAUGUGGGAAAAGUUUUAUACACAGUUCAGCUCUUAUUCAACAUAAGAGAAUCCACACAGGUGAAAGACCCUAUAAAUGCCUUGAGUGUGGGAAAGAUUUCAUUUGUCAAUCAUAUCUUACUAAGCAUCAGAAAAGACACGAAGUUGACAAACUGUAUAAAUGUCUCGAAUGUGGGAAAAGUUAUGCUGACAGAACAAAAUUUACUAAUCAUAGGAGAAUCCACACAGGGGAGAGACCACAUCAAUGUUUAGAGUGUGGGAAAGGCUUUAUUCGGAAGUCAGAGCUUAUUAGACACUGGAGAGUACACACAGGAGAGAGACCUUUUAAAUGCCUGGAGUGUGGGAAGAGCUUUAUUGAGAAGUCACAACUUACUCUACACCAGAGAGUGCACACAGGAGAGAGACCUUAUAAAUGUCUUGAGUGUGGGAAAAGCUUCAUUGAGAAGUCACAACUUACUCUACACCAGAGAGUGCACACAGGAGAGAGACCAUAUAAAUGCCUUGAGUGUGGGAAAGAUUUCAGUCAACGCUCACCCCUUAUUAAGCAUCAGAGAGGCCAUGCAGGUGACAAGCCAUAUAAAUGCCUCAACUGUGGGAAAAGUUUUAUUGAGCGCUCAAGGCUUACCACACAUCAGAGGACUCACACAGGGGAAAGACCCUAUAAAUGCCUUACGUGUGGGAAAAGCUUCACUCAGAAGCCACACCUUCUUCUGCACCAUAGGGUGCACACAGGAGAGAGACCUUAUAAAUGCCUUGAGUGUGGGAAAGAUUUUAUUGGUCCAUCACAUCUUAUUAAGCAUCAGAAAACACACAAAGAUGAAAAACUAUAUAAAUGUCUCAAAUGUGGGGAAAGUUUUCUCGACAGAACAAAACUUACUAGUCAUGGGAGAAUCCACAACGAGGAGAGACCACAUAAAUGUUUACACUGUGCAAAAGCCUUCAAUCAGAAGUCACAGCUUAUUAGACAUUGGACAACUCACACAGAGGAAAGGCUGCAUAAAUGCGUUGACUGUGGGAAAAGCUUCAGUAAGAGUUCGUCACUUGCCAAUCAUGGAAGAAUUCACAAGCGUGAAAAACACUAGAAACAGCCUGACUGCAGGAAAAGAUUCAAUUUGACUCCACACAACAGCGAGACCUUGAAUGUGAGGGAAGCUUCUUGUGCUGCUCCUGGAGUAUCAGGCACCUGCAAAUCCACACGGGGAAGAAACCUCGGAGCUGUUCUUUGUGUGGAAAAUGCUCCAAGUGCAGCUCACACCAUGUGGGACAUCAGAGACUCCCCUUACAGUGGGGAAAAUCUCUCAGGGCCCUGAUUAGGGCUGGCCAGGGUGAUAAGCCCAUCCCCUCAUUCCCACACCAAGCCGGGGCACUUAGCUCCCAGGGACCCAGAUGCCCAUAGUUGGGGUGAGGACCUAGCAGCAGCUGGUUAGUGACCCUUUGGCUCUGCCUGGUCUGUAACCUCCCCAGCAGAGGAGGAGAUGCCCCCCACACACACACCACCUCCCUCUGGCUGCAGCACUUCAAGCAAAACCCAUUGUUUUAGGUAAAAGAUAAUUAUAUUUAUUAACUACAGAAAGGUAGAUUUUCAGUGGCUAUAAGCUUUUACUACUUCCCUUCACAAAUGUUAUGGAGGGUACAAAAUGCGGAAAGAGCUUUAAACCAUGUUCAGCCUUUAUUACACACGGGAAAGCAGCCUUAUACAUGCCCAGAGUGUGGGAAAAGUUUCAGUUGGAAAUCAACCUUCUAUACCCAUCAGAGAACCCACCCCAUACAUGCUUGGCCUGUGAGUGCACUCAAGCCUUAUUCAGCAUGGGAGAAUCCACACAGGGGAGAAGCCUCACAAAUGCUCGGAUUAUACUGUGAGUUCCCCAAACAUGGGAGAAUCCACACAGGAGAGAGGCUUCCUGAAUUCCCUGAGUGUGGGAAAAGCUUCAGGACAUGCUCAGUGCUAACCAAACAUGAGAGACUCCACAAGGGGAGUCUAAGAACAGCCUAAGUGCAGGAAAAGGUUUAAUUUGACGUCACACAUCAGUGACCCGCACAACAGCGAGACCUUGAAUGUGAGGGAAGCUUCACGUGCUGCUCCUGGAGUAUCAGGCACCUGCAAAUCCACACAGGGAAGAAACCUCGGAGCUGUUGUCAGUAUGAAAAAUGUCCCACGCCAUGUGGGACAUCAGGGACUCCCCUCACAGUGGGGAAAAUCUCUCAGGGCCCUGACUAGGGCUGGCCAGAGUGAUAUUCCCACACCCAUCGGGGGGUUGGGUUCCUAGCUACUUGUGUUUGAGGUGAGGGACCCAGCAGUAACUGGUCAAUGAUCCUCUGGCUCUGCCUGGUCUCAGCAACCCCCUGGCAGAGGAGGAAAAGCCCCCAGCAGCCCCUCCUCCCUGCUGCAGCCCUGGCUGCUGAGCUGCUGGGCCGCGGGGAAACUCCUCCAGACGCUCCUUCUGCAGUCCCCCCUCCCCCUCCUCCUCCCCCUUCCUUUGCAGCCAGGAUCCCCCUGCCAUGGAAAUGAGGAGACGGACACUGAGGCCAGGCCCCCCCCUUCACUUUAGACACUUGUCCCCGCCCCGCCCAUCUUCCUCCAGCCCAUGGGUUGGGCUCCACCACUGAUAUGGGGCUGUUCCCUGUAGGGGAGUGUCCCUGGGGCUGGUCACUCCUCUCCCAGAAUCCACCCUGGAUUAUGGGUUUUUCUCUAUUGGUGAGGGCAGUUGGGUCACAUGGUUUUUUAGUUUAGCUUGGCAGGACAUAGCACAGAUUUACUGAGGAAAUCAACCAAGAAAUGGUUGUUGGGAUAAUCCCUUUUGUAUUUUACUUUUACUGUAUCGUGAUUUUUGUGCUGUCAAAGUCAGACAGGACUCACAGAUUUGUCAGACUGCUCUGUUUAUUCAGCAAAGCUCUGCUAAAAUGCAUGGAGAAAAUGUGAGUGCCAUAC